UAUGUACCUAUUUUCGUAGUUGAGAAUUCUGUGUUGCUUCUUAAUACUAAAAAUAAAUAUUGUGCUGUAUUUACGAUUGAAAAUUUGAAAAUAAGUCGUAAUAGGCGGUAGUUUUUCAACCGGGGGUAGCCAUGGAUACAAAUACGACGUCUACUAAGGUCAAUUCUCAAAAAGUAGAAGAAAUAUCCGACUUGUCUGCUACCACAAUAAAUGCAACAACAACAAGCUCUAUUCCCACUCCGGCGACACCAUUGCAGAAUUUACCAAUUGAGUUGCAGAACGACCAAAAACGCAGAAGCUCUUCACGGUCAAUUAAGCGAAAGCGUUUCGACGACGAAAUUGUAGAGUACAGCAUCGGAUUUCCACAAUCUCGAAGCGAACCAAAAGCCGGCAGGCAACGUACUAUUUCUCAAACCUCCGGACAGACACAAGCCUUACCGACACCAAUACUGCAAUCUGCUGUUCCCGCAUGCAAUCCUACUGAAAUUCCAGUUUCUUUCGUUAGAGAAGCUCCCCCAAUAGUAUCUGGCUCUUCCACUAACAGCGGAAGCAUUUCAUUUGGUGCAGCCCCCACAACAUUACCUCCUACACAACCGACUAUACUAACGCAAACAUCGCCUUCAAUGGAGCGUUCUUCAACUUCACUUGCUGCAGAUAAGAAGCGACCACCUCGUUCUAGUGUUAAUAAGAAAUCAAAGAAAUCCGGACGUCCUCCAAGUCAAAUUACAACUAAGGAUUUGGGCCGCUGGAAACCGAUUGAUGACCUGGCUUUGAUUAUUGGCAUACAACAGACAAACGACUUGCGGAUGGUGCAUCGUGGGGUUAAGUUCUCCUGCAAAUUUACUUUACAGGAACUGCAAUCCCGUUGGUUCUCUUUGUUAUACGAGCCAGCAAUUUCACGCAUUGCUGUAGCUGCUAUGCGCAACCUGCACCCGGAACUAAUAGAAUCAGUUCAAAGCAAGGCUCUUUUUAGUGUGCAAGAAGAAGAACUGCUAGGAACUUUAAAAAGUACGGAUAGCCCAAAACUCGAGCAGUUUCAAGAACUGCUGGAUAAAAAUGCCUCUAUUUUCUAUGCUGCACGAACAGCUAAAUCUCUACAGAAUCACUGGCAGAUGAUGAAGCAAUAUCAGUUGCUUCCAGAUCAGGUGGUAAAACCAUUACAUAUGAGUGAUCAACCCUUAAGUUUUUCAGAUGCUGAAGAUCUCAUACUAGAUGCAGAGCUUAAUGACCAGCGGGACGAAGCGUUAGAGAUUGAGCUGGCAUUGACUGAUCGUCAAAAUAAACGUGAAAUUCGCUUGUUAGAGAAUGAAUUGAGCCGUUGGAAUGUUUUAGUCGAUUCUGUGACUGGUGUUUCCCCACCAGAAUUUGACGGUCAAACUUUGGCAGUACUUAGAGGACGGCUUGUUCGUUAUUUAAUGCGUUCUAAAGAAAUUACAUUUGGCCGAUUUGUUGAAGAUUCGCACGUCGAUGUCGACCUAUCAUUAGAAGGACCAGCAUGCAAAAUUUCGCGCCGCCAAGGAACAAUAAAACUACGAAGCAAUGGCGAUUUCUUCAUAGCAAAUGAAGGUAAAAGACCUAUCUUCAUCGAUGGUGUUCCAUUGUUAACUGGAAACAAAACACGUCUAGCCAACAAUUGUGUGGUCGAGAUUUGCAGUUUGCGCUUCGUUUUUUUGGUGAACUAUGAAUUAAUUAAUGCUAUACGCCAUGAGAGCGCAAAGACCACAGCAGCUUUAAAUUAAGUUAUCCACCAAAAAGUAAAAUGACAUUAAAAUUUUGAAGACGUUGAAUUCUAGAAUCUGUAAUAAAGUCGCUAAGACAAACA